GAGUCUUCUCAGGUUGCAGAGCCACAAUCCACCUCCUCGAGGGCUAUACCGUUAGAUAAAGCAAUCAUUCGACUUCCCACUUCUUCACCUAUCAGCUAGACAAGAAAGACUUGAGAGAGCCGCAGUGUGUCGACUUCAACCCGGCGUCGCAACAACACCAAACAUGGGCAGCCUCCAUCUCCUCCGUUUUGGGGCCCUGCUACUCUGCACCCUCCACCUUGUUUCGGCCCAGACCGCUUUGCCCAACUGCUCCUAUCCCGCGGUGUAUGGCUUCGGAGACUCCCUCACUGACGUCGGCAACGGCAUCGCCGCCUUCCCGGAGAAGUUCCAACACUGCGAGGAGGACCCCUACGGCGUUACCUUCCCCAUGCAUGCUGCGGAUCGAUUCACGGACGGAAAGAUGUUCAUCGACUUCCUUGCUUUCGGAGUGAGGAGACGCCCAACCUACGCCGUCCUGAGAGGAACGGCUGGCGAUUUCACCUACGGUACCAACUUCGCUGCGUCUGGAGGCCCCGCCAGGCCCGUCAAGGUGUGGAACAGCGACGACAAGUUCACCACACCCUUCUCCUUGGAGGUGCAGCAGCAGUGGUUCCAGCGCUACAAGAUCCGGCUCUGGUUCUACGAAUCGCCCGUGUACAACCCCAACGGGCGACUCGUCCAAAGCCUCCCCAAGCUCGCCAACAUCAGUGCGUCCUUGUACACGGUGUGGGCUGGAUACCAAGACUACUUCUUCAGCCUGUACGACAAGAAACUCACGGUGGGGCAGACCUUGAAGAUCGUGCCUGACGUGGUGAAGGCCAUCGAGGAGCACAUUGAGAAGAUGCUGGCGGUGGUGGAGUACACUCCUCCGGGCUUCCCCUCAAUGCUGAUGCCCCCGGCAAAGGAGAUCCUGAUCCAGAACCAGCUUCCCCUGGGUUGCGUUCCCGCCAUGCUCACCCUGUACGGCGGAUCCAAGGCCAAGUACGACGAGUACGGAUGUUUGAGCAGCCUCAACAAGAUCUCCGAGGCUCACAACACGCUGCUGGGCCUGAAGGUGGAGGAGUUGCGCAAAAAGUACCCGGAUGCCAAGCUCUACUACGGCGAUGUGUAUGCCGUGUACACCGACAUCCUCAAGGAGCCCGCCAAAUACAAUGUGACGGCUCCACUGAAGGCGUGCUGCGGAGUGGGAGGAGACUACAACUUCAACAAGGACGUGUGGUGCGGCCAGAGCGGAACGGUGGAGGGCAAGUUCGUGAACCUGACAUCCACCUACUGCGCCGAUCCCGUGUCCACCUUGAGCUGGGACGGCAUCCACACCUCCAACACGGUGAACAAGGCCCUGGCCACGGCGUUCCUGACGGGCAAGCACAUCUAUCCCGAGGGCGGCUUGAAGUGCAACGCGGACUUCAAAUUCUGGGAAGCCAGGACCUAAGAGGUCGGCGGGGCUCCGUCACAAGAAACGGAGCAUCUCCGGAGAGCACGACGUCAAGCUUGGAGGAGAGACCGCCACACAUAGCAGCAUCAUCAGCGGUUGCAGCUGGGACAAUCUGGGCGAAUCGCCCAUCGAGAAAUGCCAGUUGUGAGGGAGCAAGGGUGAGUGGAAGUGCGAGCUGCGAGUGCGUGAGGUGUAAAAACAUAGACGUAAAACAUGUAGGAGUGAUAGGAGCGUUGUUGGUAAUAACUGGGGCGCGGUGGAAUUCCAACCAGCGAACAGAGAGGGGUGUGAUGUAGCGGCGGAGACGAGAAUGUCUCGAACCUAUGCACUGUAUUGGGCUGGACUGUUAUUUGGAGUAAACUUGAUUGAUCUAUGCACAAAUUA